UGCUCAUUUUUUUCUAUGAAGGAUCACAGCAUACUUGACAUUAUAAUUUCUCUGAUUCUUGUUUUGUUAAAUCCCUAUGUACAGCGUGAAGGACCAGUGCGAGAGUGGGAUUUGGCUAAAAUAGGAGAGCGCUCACCAGGAGAGAGGGAAAGGGAGCGUGAGAGAUUACGAAGGGAAAGAGAAGAGGAAAGGUUGCGAGAACGUAACAAAAGUCACAGCCCCACUGGACAUGAAGGAGACCAAAACAAGAAACCAGAGGAGCCGCCUGCCAAACUUUUGGAUGACUUAUUCCGCAAAACUAAAGCACAGCCAGCGAUAUACUGGCUUCCCCUAACUGCUGAGCAGAUUGCUGAGAAGGAAGCACAACGUCGGCAGAAAAUGGCUGAACUGGAGCGACGCCAGGCGGAGGUGAGAGCAGCUAGGGAGAAGGAACAUGAAGAGUGGGAGCGGUUAAGAGCUGAACGCAAGAAGGAACGGGAGAGAGAGAGAGAACGAGAGAAGGAGAAGGAGAAGGAAAGGGAAAAGGAGAGGGAGAAGGAAAGGGAAAAGGAGAGAGAGAAAGAAAAGGAGAAGAAUGCACGCAAAUCCCGAUCAAAGUCUAGGUCUCGUCGGAGAAGUAGAUCACCUCGAAGAUCACCAAGAAGAUCGCCUCGUAGGUCCCCGCGCAGGUCACCCAGACGAUCGUCUGUGAAGAGGUCACCCAAGAGAUCCCCUAAAAGGUCUCCAGGGAAAUCUCCAAGAAGAUCACCGCAGCGGCAACGGCGGUCACCUAGUAGGGAAUCUCGCAGAUCCAGGCGAAGAAGUCGCAGUCGCUCUCGAUCCCGCAGCUGAUUCCAUUGUGGCAUUUAAUGAGGGGAGUCAAUGACCUAGUGGAGGGCAACAAGAAGCAUGUAAUAUCCAGAUUGCUGAAAGCAGUGUAGCAUGAGGAGAGCUUGCUCAGCACCAUGGAAGUAAAAAUAUAACUUGAACAUCAACGCUUCAGCUACAUCACACCAGCCCCUCGCUACUCCCAAGGUUACUGUUACAUCCGUCUGUGCUCUCUCCCCUCCAACGUCCACUUCCCUAACUUCAUCCUGCCGUCCUUCCUACAUGCCUGUUCUCUCCCUUCUACAGGUAUCCCCAUGCAAUGCUCUUCUGAUGUUAGGCUUAGCUCUCUCUCUCUUCUCUCUCUCUUUUCAGCAAGUCGUUGACAGAUUUCAGUUAGAAAUAAAAAUUAUAGGGGGUUGUGUUGAAUGUCACUAAUUUUCAAUUGCUGAUGAUUUACCUUGUUUUCUGAGCAAGUACUGUAGGGCAUCUCAUCAGCUUUUUCUAUUAGGUAAGUAUAUUUUAUGUAUUUUACCUUUGAUUAGUUAAUAGGAUAUUUAGGGUAGAUGAUGCUUAUUUUUGUUUUAUUUAUAUAUCAGAAGAGCAUUGGGUGGUAAGGGAAGUGUUGAAAACGUUAUUGGUGAAGAGAUCCACUGCGCUGUAUGGGCGGGCAACAACGAUGAUUCUCCGAGUAUCAGCGGGAACUUCGAUGACCAUCUUUAGAGACCGGCGUAUGUCUUAAUGCUUCCUCAUGGAAUGCCUUAAUCUCCAAAGCUGCAUAGCUCUAUACUAUGGCUCAAGUUGCCAAAACUUAUAGGAGAUGGCUGUUAUCUUCUGUGAGUACACACAUGCCAGUGAUCGUGAUUGGAUUGUACCUGUGUCUGUUAAAAAGAAACUAUUUAUGCAAUGAUGUGGUAUUACCCUUUGUAGUACUACAAAACAGUAGUGCAACAGAACACUGAAAGCCAGUGUCUUAAAGUGUAUGAUAGUGGGAAUUGUGAUAUAUCUCCCCAUCCGAACUUCUAUUUAUAAAUAUGACACUGCUGAGGCAGACUUAGUGAUAUAAAUAAAAGGCUGGGUUUGUUGACUAUUUUCACAUAAUAUUGCACCAGAUUGUGGUAGAAGAAACAUAUCCAGGCAGGAAAAAUGCCUUGUGCAAAUGUGAAUUGAACUAGAAUUGUGCAGUAGUUUGCAUUUACAAUUGAUGUUUCUCUGUACAGAGGAACUUUACCCUGAGUGUGAGGAGUACAAAAUUCUUAAAUUAUUUGCAAACCCGUCUGAUAAGUAUAUGUUAAUGCAUAUAUUAUGUAUGGUGUUAUAACCAGUUUUCCCACGUGUAUUUAAUAUAUGUAUUAUUUGAAUGAAUGUGCUUAAGUUUUUUUUAUAAAGUAUUUUGAUGUUUAAACAUUGAGUUUAUGCACUAGGUUUUUAUUGUUUGUCAAAUUGAUAUCUUCAUUUGUGAUGACUUUUGGGUGAUUCUUUAUAAUUGAAAGUCAUUAAAAUUACACCCUUUAAA